UAUCAGUAUGAGUGAGUAGUAGCAGCCAUGGGCAGCAGCUAUGGAGUCUUUAUGCUUGCAUGCAUACCAGGGUUGAUCAUGACCUUGAUGCUCAACCCCGUGGCUUGGGUUGAUGCAGCCAUACCUUCUUGCACACCUGGUGUCGAAGCUCAUAUCAACCGGAAGCUCACACCAUGCAGGUCAUUCCUCUUAGGCCAACAGAAUAAACCACCGCUGGCAUGUUGCACGGGCGUUAAGGGCUUAAAUGCAGAGUACAAAACUGCAACAGAUAGGCAGAGAGCAUGCUCAUGCUUGAAGGCUAGCUUUGCUAAGCACCAGCCUGCAUUCAGACUGUCUUUUGCCCAGCGGCUUCCGGGGGAGUGUAAUGCUAAUAUUCACAAUACAAUCAUCGCCAACUUCGACUGCUCCAGGGUGAAAUGAGAAAGAAGGGAAAGGCAGCACUGAAUCGAUGAAUGCAAUCAAUUGGGAAGAAGAUAGAAGCAGGUUGGAAGGAACUAAGUAACUGUCCCCAAAUUAUGCUUAGAUCUACAAAUGCAGAUUGAACAGUACUAGUUGUGUGCAAUUAGUGUUUAUCAGGCAAUUUCUAAGUAUAUUUGCAAUCGAAUAAAUGCCCUAACUAUGCUUACAACGUCGCA